AAUGGCAACCCACUCCAGUGUUCUUGCCUGGAGAAUCCCAGGGACAGGGGAGCCUGGUGGGCUGCCGUCUAUGGGGUUGCACAGAGUCGGACACGACUGAAGUGACUUAGCAGCAGCAGUUUAUUUAGGAGGUGAUCCCAGAGCAGGGUGAGCAAGUGGGGAAGUGAGGCAAGAGAGGAAAGCAAGCAAAGCCUACAGGGAUAAGCAGGUUUUCCCCAUGGACAACUUUGGUCCGUUCUGCUGGAGUCUGAGACUGGAACACGCCUGGGAAUUGAGGAUUGUCCUGCUUUCAGGGGGACUGAAAGCUAGAGGAUUUAUUCACUUAACUCUGGACCCUCCUUGUUGAGGGUUACCCUGGAGGUGUUUAUUUUCCACUUGCAGCCUGCACCACCCUUGCCUCCAUAGCUGGGAAUGCCUCAGGAGAGACACAGCAAGCUCAGGAGCUGCCGGCAGGUGACCUCCACGUAGACCUGGGGGCUUGAGAGGGGGCGCGGGUAGCAUGUGCAAGACGCAGUGAAAGGAGCUUGCUAUAAAAAUUAUUACUGUUGCUCCAACUUGUUCCAGGACAGAGCUGGAGCAGGCAGGAGCUACAACUGAGCCCUGGGGCUGUCUGCUCUGAACCCUGCUGCCCCCUCCGGGGCGCCCCCACCCCCAGAAGCCCACUAGCACAUGGCACCCUCCUCCUCAGUAUCUCCUUGACAGUGGCCCAAUCCCAUCCUUUGACGCAAACCCUACUGCCAUCUGCCUCAGCCGCCUGUCUCCACUCCCCAGCCUGACUGCUCUGGUUGAACGUUUUUGGGGACCCAGGGAGUGUCAAAUGGCUUUGAGCCUGAGACAGAGCCCCACUGGGCUUAGCUGUUCUGCCUCUAGAGUCCUGCCUUCUUCCCAGUCCUCCCACCGUCGGAAUCACACCUUCAAAGCGCACCUUCAUGAUGGCAACCUCCACCUCCUUGUUCAGAAGAGGCAUUGAUGCCCUAAGAACGGUUGUGGCUGCCCCAGAUCGGCUUCCGGUCUUCCCCAGCCCGCCUAAGCCUCUCCCCACACCCCUCCUAGACCUUUACAGGCUGGUGAGGUGACAAAGGAUGGUCCAGAAGGGCUAGACAGGGGCUUCAUCCUGUGUUCCCCCGAAUACCCCGUGCCCAGCCAGAAAUGCCUCCAUCCAUUCCUUUCUGUUCAGGUACAUAUCCAUUCACUUCAUCUUUCCCUCAACACCUGAAGAAUAUUUAAUGAGUUCAUCACUGUCAACACCUUCAUGAGGACUAACCCAUGUUAGAUUAAUGGGGUCGUGUAGGUUCUGAGAGUUGCAGGAGAGCUCCAGAGUGCAGGGGGUCACAGAGGGGCUGGGGCAGAGCCAGGACUAGAACUUGGGCCUCCUGAGUCCGAGGGCUCCUGCUUCUGGCAGCUGGGAGUGGGGCUCUUCACGACCAUCCAUUCAGCCAGUGCAUACCCAGCACAGCCUUCAGGAGAGGACUGCAGCCUCCCAGAGGUGUGGUCAGAGUCCAGGGUGGAAGCUGUGGAAGGGCCCCGGUGAGUGCCGCGGUGGGACGGCAGCUGCUCCCAGCCCGGGGGUCCUGCUGGGUCCUGCCUACCCGGGCCCAGCUAGGCCGGGUGUCAGUGUCCCUCUGCACACAGGCCCCUUGAGGCCUCCCAUCGCCUUUCUCAACCCCUUCCCUCCUUGCAGAUGCUGUGAACGCAGCCUUUCCGCCACAAGGCAAUUCUGCAGGGACACCCCUCCUGCGUCGCCCCCCCCUCCCCGGGGACGUCCCCCGGGCUGACUCUCUGAUGCCUGGGAGUUUGGUCUUCCUCCUUCCUUCCUAACCAACCAUGGCCUUUUCCGAUUUGGAGGGGAGGAAGAAAACGCGGUCACUGUAAGCCCCUCCUUUCCUGGCAGCACUGACCCAUUUAUCCUUCUCUUCUCGCAGACCCUCUCCCCUCCCCUGAACCUGGACAUCUGUCCCCACCGAACUCGCUCUCCCCUUCCGCUGCCCUUGCAGCCCCGAGGCUAGUCCAGUCUCCGCGCCCCACUCCAGCCCCCUCUCCUCCAACCAGGGAGGAGGCUGGGUCUCUAGACAGCCCCGAGCCACCCCGGGACUGGGGGCGGGGGUGGUGGGGGGGGGCUGGGGGGGGGUCGGCCUCUGCCUCAGUUUCCCCAUCUGCUAACUUGGAUUCCUGAUGCCUGCUCUGCACACCCAGAGGCUGAAGCCCGAGGGAGGUCACGGAGGAGGACGAGGCCGGCACUCGCGCGGCCCGCGCGGGGGCCUCUGUGCGGUGCCCCUGGGCCCCGGCGCUAGGCGCGCCCCUCCCUCUCUCCCCCUGCCCGCCUCUCCCCGCGCGGGCCCGGCGGCUCGCUCUUCAGCAGUCCUUUCCCUCGCCGCCCCGCGCCCACCCACCCCGGGGUCCCCGCGCCCCGCCCGCCCCCGGCACCGCCGCCCCCGCCAGGCCCGGCCCCGCCGCAGCGCGGGCGGCCAGUGCGCAGCCCGGCGCCCGCCCGCAGCCCGGAGCCGGAUCGCGGGCGCGGAGCGAACCCGACCGACCGCCGCCCCCAGCCAGAAAGGAUUAAUUGGCUUCUUCCGUGAAAGGGGGACUCAUCUUCUUGGGAGCCCGAGGGGCUUUCAAGGCGCCAUGCUGCUGCUGCUGCUGGGCCUGCUGAGCCCGGCGGCCUACGGGGCUCCGGGCCCGGCCCCGGGGUCCGCGGAGCUGCGCUCGGCCUUCUCUGCGGCGCGCACCACCCCGCUGGAGGGCACGUCGGAGAUGGCGGUGACCUUCGACAAGGUGUACGUAAACGUCGGGGGCGACUUCGACCCGGCCACCGGCCAGUUCCGCUGCCGCGUGCCGGGCGCCUACUUCUUCUCCUUCACGGCGGGCAAGGCGCCGCACAAGAGCCUGUCCGUGAUGCUGGUGCGCAACCGCGACGAGGUGCAGGCGCUGGCCUUCGACGAGCAGCGGCGGCCGGGCACGCGCCGCGCCGCCAGCCAGAGCGCCAUGCUGCAGCUCGACUACGGCGACUCGGUGUGGCUGCGGCUGCACGGCGCCCCGCGCUACGCGCUGGGCGCGCCGGGCGCCACCUUCAGCGGCUACCUGGUGUACGCCGACGCCGACGCGCCCGCGCGCGGGGGGCCGCCCGCGCCCGCGGAGCCGCGCUCGGCCUUCUCGGCGGCGCGCACGCGCAGCCUGGUGGGCUCGGACGGGGGCCCCGGGCCGCGCCACCGGCCGCUGGCCUUCGACACCGAGCUGGUCAACAUCGGCGGCGACUUCGACGCGGCGGCCGGCGUGUUCCGCUGCCGCCUGCCCGGCGCCUACUUCUUCUCCUUCACGCUGGGCAAGCUGCCGCGCAAGACGCUGUCGGUGAAGCUGAUGAAGAACCGCGACGAGGUGCAGGCCAUGAUCUACGACGACGGCGCGUCGCGGCGCCGCGAGAUGCAGAGCCAGAGCGUGAUGCUGGCGCUGCGGCGUGGUGACGCCGUCUGGCUGCUCAGCCACGACCGCGACGGCUACGGCGCCUACAGCAACCACGGCAAGUACAUCACCUUCUCCGGCUUCCUGGUGUACCCCGACCUCCCGCCCGCCGGCCCACCGGGCCUCGGGCCGCCCGAGCUCUGAACCCCAACCCGGAGAGCCGCUCGGGGUGGGGUGGGGUGGGGUGGGGUCGGGUCGGGGGCGUGCAUGCCGAGGCCGGACCCGCGGCCCGAACGCCCCGCCGGCGCGAGCAUGACGGCCCGCCGCGCGUGGCGGACUCUGCCAAUAAAGUGGGCCUGUGCCGGCUCCUGUC